AUGCCGGAUCCUUUCGUGAAAGGUGAAAUCCAUGAGAAUAAGGUCAUGCUGAGCCUUUGGUGGGGAGUUCAUGAAAUCCACCGUUUCGAACUGCCGCCGGACAACACGACAGUUGCUGCCGAAUUCUACUGCGCUCAACUGCAAAGACUGGCCGACAAGAUCCGCAAAGAGCACCCGAAGCUCGACAACGUUCGCCUGCUGCACGAUAACGCGCGCCCUCACAUCGCGAAGAAGACUUCCCAGAGAAUUCUAGAGCUCGGAUUGGAGGUUCUACCGCACCCACCGUACAGCACGGUCCUGGCCCCGAGUGACUACCACCCUUCCGAUCGCUUCAGCAUCACUUGGAAGAGAAGCGCUACAAUGAUCGUGACCACCUCGAAAAUGACCUACGGGCAUGCUUCGCCUCCAAGUCGCCGGAGUUCUACGCCAAAUGAUCGUGAUCGUGUGAGACGUUGGCAGAAGGUUGUCGAUGUUGAUAGAGAUUAUUUCGUCGAAUAA